AGCGCCACCAAUAGCUGAAGUUCAACCAAUAUGGCGGCGUCCAUGGAAAGCGAAAUUGCCGAUGGCGGUUCUGCAAGGAAUACCCUGAUAGUCCGUCACCUACCGAGCUCUCUGAGCUCUGCAGAGAAGCAAGACUUCCUCAAGUACUUUGGGGCGGUGCAUGUGAGGGUCUUAUCUAACUCUGGACGAAUGAAACAUACAGCAUUUGCAACUUUCACAGACCAGAGUGCCACAGCACAGGCCCUUGCACGACUGCAUCAGCUGAAAGUCUUGGGUCAUACUCUGGUGGUGGAGUAUGCAAGGAAUAGUGUUGCAUCGCUGAUCACCGCUAAUUCUAGUGACACAGAGAUGAGAAAUGGAGAUGACAUUGAUCCAAAUACUGAGGAUUGUAAUCGGGACCAAAGACGUUCAUCAGCCGCAGAACCCCCCAAAAAAUUGGCCUGGGCUGACCAUGGAGCGAGAGGAGUACGACAAGAUAUCAGGAUCUCAUCUGGUCAUGGGAUUGACUUCCCAUUGAAUCCAGUGCUUCGCUACCGCUACCCAACACCGACUGUCAGCGUCCUGACUAACAUCGUCAAUUGCCUGGCCUCGGUGCCCAAAUUCUACACCCAGGUCUUGCAUCUGAUGAACAAGAUGAAUCUGCCGGCCCCCUUCGGCCCUCUCACCCCUGCUCCACCGUUGAUCCAGGAUGAGCAGGCGCUCUCUGUUGACAACAAUCAGGCGGUCACAGCUAUGGAGAUGUCCAGUUCCAGUGAGGAAGAGUCGGAAAUCGAGAGCGACCCUGAAGAAAGAGAAAAGACAAAGACGGCACAGGUGUCGCUGAAGCGACCAACGAAGAGGAAGAACCCACGCCACCCCAAGCGCCCGAAACUUCAAUCGUUCAUUCCGACAAAGGUCUCGACAGCGGGCGGGGCCACAACCUCCUCUCAGCCCACCAAAGCAGUUGACGUCUUUGAACAGCCACAAGCUCCUGUCGGCAAGAGAAUCGAGUUCCGGCUGACAGAAGGCAUCUCUGGAGCAAUGGAGCCCAACCAGAUGGCUGCGGCAAGAGAUGAGAUUGUUGUGCGCGACAAAACAAGCCUGGAACAGCCAGCCGAAGUCAGCCCAGAAUCUUCAAUCAAAGUGUCUGGUUUUGGAACCUUUGAGCCUCCUGCAGUGGAGAACGAAGUAGCCCCUCCCAUGAAGGGCCUUGAGGAAGAAGAGGAGGACGAAGAUGAAGAUGAAGGGAAGGUGACAGAGUUCAUCUCGCGACGAGAGCUGAGAAACCGACUCCCAGAACAUGAUAUCAAGCGGCAUCCAGUUUUUAAGCACUACGAACCUGGAGAACCGACCACGCGGUUGUACCUCAAGAAUCUGGCUAAAACUGUGGAAGAAAAAGAUUUAAAGUACAUAUAUGGACGGUAUGUGGACUGGUCAUCGCCUCUGGACAGGGACAUGUUCACCAUUCAGCUGAUGACCCAGGGACGGAUGAAGGGCCAGGCCUUUAUCGGUCUGCCCAGUGAAUUUGCAGCCCAGAAGGCUCUACACGACACCAAUGCAUACAUUCUGCAAGGCAAACCCAUUGUUGUGCAAUUUGCAAGAUCAGCCAAGUUAAAGGAGAAAGAAAAAGAGAAAGACCCCAAGAAGAAAGGCAGAAGGGAAAUCUGAUGACCAUUAGUGAUGAGCACAUUGGAUAAGCUGAAUAUGAAUCCUAAACUAUUCAAACUCUGGACCAGUCUAACGGAAGUCAGUGGGCUCUACCAGAUAUGAUCAGUAUCCCCAAUACAUGUACUUCAAACAGGAUCUCAAUUACAGCUUGUCAGGGCUGUGUAGGACUUGCCACGCCACACCUGGUUGUGUGAAGUCGAACCUUGGACCGUUGGAGUACAAGUUAAGCUGCUCUACCCAAUGGCAAAUUCAAACUACAUGAGAAUGUAUUGCAGCCCUCCCCCCACAUCAAACUUACUCUUUAAUGUUACAGCCAUCUUUUGAUUUGUUGCUUGUAUGCACGAUGAAAACUUGACAGUUGGAAGAAAAGGAACAGCAGAAAUGAACCAGAACUCGUGAAAUGAUAAACCCAUGCUUUUUAUUUAUAUGCCACUUUCAAUAAACAGAACAUUAAUGAAGUGACUAUUGUUAUGCCCACACAUUUUAUACAUCUGCAAAAACAAAUGAACAUACAUUGCAGUUCAAAUGAAAAAAAAUCAAUCCUUUCCUUCUGUGUCUAUUUUCCUUAAAAAAGUCAAAGGGAUAUUUUAAUAUGUACAUAGUGGAGGGACAUCAAGUGUUAAUUGUUAUCGAUCCUUUUUAUGAGUGCUGUGGAAAACAUUGUUGCUAAACAAAACAUGCAUCUUUUACUCAAUGAACUCAAUGAAGAAAUACUUUAUCAUAUUUUCCCUGAAUAACCCCCUAAACAACAAUUUCUACAUAAGGACGGAACUGCAUUUUGGUAUGGAACAAUGCUCUAUUCAUGUUAUCUCUAGAUUAAUUACAAGUGAUUUGGAAAAGCUCA